AUGGUAGACAUUGAAUUCCGCCCCUCAACAUCACAAGCUCAAGCUGUUGAUAGUGACGGAAAUGCUGUUAUCGCAACAGAAGCCUCAAUCCCUCGUUCAACGUCACAAUUAGAUGCCUCUGGAUCUGAAGAACGAUGGGUUACAUUACAGUUUGUCUGGUCUGGAAAGCAAUUUUCGUUAGAUGUCGCCGAUUCCGAUAGAGUUCUUGACCUGAAAACAGCCAUUCAAGAUCUUACCCGUGUUCCUCCCGAACGUCAAAAGAUUUUAGGUCUCGUCAAAGGAAAACUCCCAGCAGAUCAAGGUCGAAUAUCCGACUUGAAUCUCAUAAACGGGAAAAGAUUUUCACUUAUUGGGACUCCGGACGGAGACGAAAUCAAAGAUCCCUCUCAACCUCCCGACGUUGUGAACGAUCUCGACUUUGACCCCACACAAGACUCCGCCACUGUCGCAGCUUACAAAAAUGAUCAACGAAAUAUCCGAAAAGUCAAAGAAGCGACAGAUAAACUCAACCUGAACAUCAUUCAUCCACUCAGAGAGGGGAAAAGACUUCUCGUCCUUGACCUUGAUUACACGAUUUUGGAUACGAAACCGCUUACCUCGGGAAGCCUUCCACCAGCUGAAUGUGCACGACCCGGUCUUCAUGAAUUUCUAGAGGCAGUCUACCCUCAUUACGAUAUCUGUAUCUGGUCUCAAACGAGCUGGGUAUGGCUAGAAACCAAAUUAGUCGAACUGGAGAUGAUUGGUUCGAAUCGCAAUUACCAUAUAUCGUUUGUACUCGACAAAACCUCCAUGUUCACCGUUUUUUCUGACCGCGACGGGAAACCACUGCAACAUCACGUCAAGCCGUUACAGAUCAUUUGGAACCACUUACCCCAAUUCGACGCUUCGAAUACGAUACAUAUAGAUGAUUUGAGUCGAAACUUUGCCCUCAACCCUCAAUCCGGCCUUAAAAUCCAAGCAUUCAAGAACGCACAUACUCCACAGUCACUUGCAGAUAGGGAGCUCUCAAAGCUCAGUCGGUAUUUGGUCUACAUUGCUGGGAUUACGGAUUUUAAAGGGUUAUCGCACAAGGCGUGGAAGGACAUUGAGAAAGGGUUACCUCCUUCUCGAACAUCUUUUCUUGGCUUUGGUAUCGAUAUCACUACACGUCGAUAUACAUCUUGUACUUAUACCACACGGUUUUCACAUUGUCAGUCCACCCCUGAAUUUCUGAUUGGAGUUCCCACCCAACCUCUAAGCACUUGCACGGUGAAGUUGCACCCACCAGUGCGAACCAGUACAACGCGAGACCUAGCUUCGACUCUGAAUCUUGUUUUGUUCGCUUCCAGCUACUUCAAUCGACCACUCUAUAAUCAUGCUACACAAGAAUUUGAAUUUUCAGCUUUCCUUGAGGCUUAUUCUAGACCGCCAAACCAUCUCUUCAAACUGAAAUCCAAAGAAACCUCAGACCAAGAACACCGGGAGGAAUAUCGUCUUCGACACCUUGUCAAAGAGCACCACAUUCUAUCGACCUCACUUCACGUCAACGACAUCGAGCCUCGAGGCCUUACACUCACAUCUUCCAUGAACACCUCGGAACUUCUUGCCACCGGUUUGGGUUGCGUCAAGGUCUUGCGCAUAUCUUUUCCGGAGUAUAAAGACAUGUUCCUCCACGCUAUCGUUUUCGACCUACCCGCCCUAUCACGGUAUCUGAGUUUCCAGUUACUAGGAACUUUUGAGGUCCUGCUCUGGAAUCAACUCAGCCAUCCGAAUAUUCCUCCUUUCCGUGGUGUGAAUACCGAGACCAUCCUGGGAGGCUGUUUGGUCAUUCCCAAGUCUGGAAAAAAAUAG